AUGACCAGCCACGAUUUGAAGUCCGCCAACACCAGUGGGCCUACCCAGUGUGUUGGACCGUUGUACCGCUCUGAGAGCCAAAAGCCUACAGCAACUGUAUCGACUGAGAUGAACUUGGACAACGUUACUAUUCUUCCUCAGACACCCCAGCUUAUUGCUCUCCUCACUAUUAUCCGGGAUAAGAAUACUGAGCGUGGUGAUUUCAUUUUCUACUCUAACCGUAUAAUUCGGCUACUCGUUGAGGAGGGUUUGAACCACCUACCUACAGUUGAACAUGAUGUGACCACACCCGUUGGCCGGACUUACUCGGGCCUUAUGUUCCAGGGCAAGAUUUGCGGCGUUUCCAUCAUGCGUGCUGGUGAGGCUAUGGAGCAGGGCUUGCGGGACUGCUGUCGAUCGGUGAGAAUCGGCAAAAUUCUGAUCCAGCGGGAUGAGGAAACAGCUCAACCGAAGCUAUUCUACGACAAGCUUCCUGAAGAUAUUGCUCAACGUUGGGUUCUUCUGCUAGAUCCGAUGUUCGCCACAGGAGGUUCGGCCAUCAUGGCUGUGCAAGUCCUCAAAGCUCGGGGUGUUCCCGAGGACCGCAUCCUGUUUUUGAAUUUAAUUGCAAGCCCCGAGGGCAUUAAGAACUUUACCGCCAAGUUCCCCAAGCUCCGGGUUGUCACAGCAUUUGUUGACCAGGGUUUGGAUGAAAAGAACUACAUUAUCCCCGGCCUCGGCGACUUCGGCGACCGGUUCUACACUGUCUAA